AUGCAGCUCGCCAACGUCAUCGAUAAGGCCUUCGAGGGGAUUGAUUUGAAUUUCCCGCUCAGCGUAUUUGCCGACGCAGUCCAAUUCCUAACAGUUUUGCCGAACUAUGCUGGAGGCGACGAUGUCCUGGAGGGACAAAUUAAGCCAAUCCUCAAAGACAAGCUAAUUUUAUUGCGGAACCGAUGCCUAGACGAAGCGCUCGUGCGGCAGUGUGCCAUCUGUCGGAACACCAUCGCAGCGGCGUGGGAUGACGAGGCCUUCGGAUCAUAUGCCACAAAUUUUCGCCCACUUCUUGAAAAGGCGUUGGUCUCCUACCAGGAAGACCUAGAGGAGACCAAAAAGCGAGACAUCGAGCAAGCCAUCAAGAUGCGGCACGAUGCACAGGCAAAAGUGGCUGCGGAGAUCGUCGCCAAGCGCUCUUUUUUGUCUGGCAACCACGCAAUCCGGGCAGGAUUCGGGUCCUCGCCGGUUUCACCCAAUCUGGCCUCUAGCAAUUGUGCUUCUAUGAACAUGGUGCCCUCUGAGGCGAUGGCGACAGCGAGGCGAAAUUUCGAAGGUAGUACUGCCAAGCCAGUGCCUACAGGUGCCCUUGACUCGGCCGGAACAAGAACGGCGCUACAACGGUUCCCGCCAAUAUCUGCCAAUUAUGUUGGGGGGCAAACCGCCUUGAAUUCCGAGGCUAAUUAUAUUGCAAAUACGCAUUCGCCUGCGUCAAGGAGUAUUGGCUCGGUUCGCGGAGUCAUAAAAGAGCAACCACUGGAUGAUGGUCCUCUGAAUUCAGGUGACGGUGCGAAUAAACCGCAAGGCCUCCCAAAAUUUGUGGAAACUAUUUCCACAGACAGAUGCGGCCCUACCUGUGAGCCCGUGCGGCCAGCUCCUCGCAAUCUUGGUUCAUGCAUCACUCGACAACCAACUGGUGGAUUCCAGGUCCCCAGCAGAUAUGAUUCGUCGAACAAAGAAGAAAUCAUAACGAUCAGUGAGGUGAACCCGCGCCAAUCAUUGAUUCCUCAAGGUUUUAAAGCCGCCACUCCAAUCGAGUUUAAGAAAAAUCUCCAAAGCACCCAAGACAUGAUUGGCGGACAAAGCCCGCCAACCGGAAACAGCGUCGGCCCUCACGAACCUGAGCGUAUGCUCGAUGAGUUAGAAAGCGCAAGUAUCAACGCCUAUAAGGUCCAGGCACAGAUCGCCGAAGGCAACCUUCGGGUCUUGGAAAGGAAGAUAGCUGAUCAACAAAGACGCGAAGCCGAAAUUGAUUUAGCCAUGCAAGAAUUCUGGGCCGAGCGCAAACGGUGUCUUGAGCGCUUCCACAAUGAUUCGAAGCUGCUUCUACCAACUCGCUAUGAGCAACUGCGGCAAGAUCUUCGCAAGGUCCUGAGAUCUUCGAUUCCGUGCCCUAUCCAAGAAGAGGUUGACAGACUUCGCCGUCAACACCUAGUCGAAGCGUACAGUAUUGCGACAGGAAGUGGCAAUUUGAAUCAGCAUGUGCCCAUAGAUCUCGUCGCCGAGAUAACACCCGGCCGAUUUGCAACUAUUCUCGGGAUCUACCACAAUUAUGGCAACGGGGUGGAAAAAAUUGUGUACGCCCCAAAGCAUGUCGGCGACCGCAGGAAGCUCGUGACGUAUGAAAUCCAAUAUUUCAUGAGAUGUCGCGUUGAUGCUGAUGAAACUGAUAUCGUCGAAAUCUGUGUGCGGCAUGGCGAAUUGCGCACAAGCGACGCGGUCACCACCUACCGUGGCAAAAUCGAAUAUGCGUUUGUGAGUGGAGUGGAAAUUAUUAGA